AUGGAUCACACUGACAAUGAGUUACAAGGCACUAAUAGUUCUGGAUCAUUGGGUGGUCUUGAUGUUUGAAGACGAAUUCCUAUAAAGCUCAUCUCCAAACAAGGGAACAAAGCCAAAGCUUCACCUCGAACUCCAAGGACUAUAAACAGGAUGCCUGCAAAGGCUCCAGCUGGUGAUGAAUACACUGAAGGAUUUGAUUAUAAUGAAGAAGAACGGUAUGACUGUAAAGGGGGCAAACUGUUUGGAAAUCAGCGAAGAUUUCCUGGACACCUUUUUUGGGACUUUCAGAUAAACAUCUUAGGUGAAAAGGAUGAUACACCAGUUCAUUUCUGUGACAAAUGUGGAUUGCCUAUUAAAAUCUAUGGGCGAAUGAUUCCAUGCAAGCAUGUUUUUUGUGACUGUGCUACUUUACACGAAAAAAAGGGAGAUAAGAUGUGUCCAGGCUGUAGUGAUCCUGUGCAGCGAAUUGAGCAGUGUACACGAGGUUCUCUCUUCAUGUGUAGCAUUGUUCAAGGGUGCAAGAGAACCUACUUGUCCCAGAGAGACUUACAGGCUCAUAUCAACCACCGCCAUAUGAGAGCUGGAAAACCUGUUACCCGUGCUUCACUUGAAAAUGUUCAUCCUAUUGCCCCACCACCAGCUGAAAUCCCUGAUCGUUUUAUAAUGCCGCCAGACAAGCACCAUAUGAGCCAUAUUCCGCCAAAGCAGCACAUCAUGAUGCCACCACCUCCUUUGCAGCAUGUGCCCCACGAGCACUAUAAUCAGCCACAUGAGGAUAUUCGUGCUCCUCCAGCAGAAUUGUCCAUGGCUCCACCUCCACCUCGCUCGGUCAGUCAGGAAACCUUUCGUAUUUCAACAAGAAAACACAGCAAUUUAAUAACUGUCCCUAUUCAGGAUGACUCAAAUUCAGGUGCUAGAGAACCACCACCUCCUGCCCCAGCACCUGCUCACCAUCAUCCUGAAUAUCAGGGUCAACCAGUGGUCUCGCACCCUCAUCAUAUUAUGCCUCCACAGCAACAUUACGCACCACCCCCACCUCCUCCACCACCAAUAAGCCAUCCAAUGCCACAUCCUCCCCAGGCCGCAGGUACUCCUCACCUGGUGUAUAGCCAAGCUCCACCUCCACCAAUGACCUCUGCUCCACCACCAAUCACCCCUCCCCCUGGACAUAUUAUGGCCCAGAUGCCACCUUAUAUGAAUCAUCCUCCUCCAGGACCUCCCCCCCCUCAACAUGGUGGUCCACCUGUAACUGCACCCCCUCCUCACCAUUAUAAUCCUAACUCUUUACCCCAGUUCACUGAAGAUCAAGGAACUCUGAGCCCUCCAUUUACACAGCCAGGGGGAAUGAGUCCUGGUAUAUGGCCUGCACCGAGAGGGCCGCCUCCUCCUCCACGAAUGCAGGGUCCGCCUUCUCAAACCCCACUUCCUGGACCACAUCAUCCAGAUCAGACAAGAUAUAGACCGUAUUACCAAUGAUAAUAGUAUUUUGAACUGAAGAUAUGAUGAGGAAACAAACUUAUGUAUAGUCAAUCUUUUAAUUAAGCUUUGACUGUUUGGGGAAGGGAAAGCGCCUCUUACUGAGGUGGCUGUAAAACACUUAGGGUCUUGUCUCUUAAAAUGGUUUUAAAUCUUGACCUUAGGAGUGAUUUCAAGUACUAUACUGUAGUGCAGAUAAGUGGCUCAGUUGAGCACAACUAUAUUUUAACAAACUUUCUUCCCCUAGUGUGGUAAAUUGACCCAGAGGUGACCAUUUGUAAAAAAUUUGAAAGAAGUUUUUCGUCGUUCCACUUUCAAAAGUAUUGCUUUUGUUAAACCCAAUGUUUAGUUUUUCUUGUGAUACAUUUUGUUAACCUGUGUAAAAGGAUUAAAUUUCAAUAUGGUUGUAAAAAUGCUAUUUUUAUGUGAAUUUAAGUGCAGCCACAUAGUGUUUUUUAAACCAUAUGUUUUACCACUAAUUUCCCAAAGUUAUAAUAAAAUCCUAAAAGUAAAAAUCUACUAGAAUUUACUGCAAGGCACACUGUUAAAUGGUAGAAAAUGAUUUCACAUGUUAGGCACUGAAAUUUUGAGGUAUAUUAGGUGUAUAAUGCACUUGACUUGGAUGCCUUUUCAUUUGUAGGCAGCCUCAGGAACACCAAAAUACAUUGGAAUUCCAGUACUAAGAAAUAUUUAUGUUUGUAAUACUGAAAGGCAGUGUUCGUUACUUGGAAAGUUACGGCCAAAGUAAUCAACUCUGUAGGCUCCAAGCUGUUGGGGAUGCUGGCACCCAUUAAUGCUUUUUAACUGAAUGGUUGGAAUCAUGUGAUGCACCACAGAUUAAUCUUAAGUAACGUUAUUUUAUAGAACUGUUUAAAUGGUGUGCUUUAGAUGAAGUGUAUUCCUCUCUACUCAUUGUCUUAAACUAAAUAUUUAGGGCUGAAUAGGCUUUAUGUAAUUCCUCAUUUCUUGGUAGAAUUUGAUCCCGUGCUUAAGUGGGUUCUUGUUUAUUGGGUUUUAAACUAUAAUUUGAAUGCCAUGGAGAAAUUUGAAUAAUGUAUUAAUGAAGGACAUUCUUGUAAUCACA